AUGGAUGUUACAAUACAUCAACCUUCUCUGGAACUGGAGAGGUUGGAUCUGCUUGGUGAACCAAGAGAAGGUGGCAUUCUUAGUGGUGGCCCCAUCCUUAAAGGGAGGGAGCCCACUGUUGGGCAAGAACAUGCCGGCGAGCUCUGCCCGGCAGCCUCCGUCCCCGCCCCCGCCACGGCGACCUCCGCCCCCACCCGCCACUUCCCGGCGAGCUCCGCCGCGCCACGGGUCGCCAAGGCACGGCGACCUCCGCCCCCGCCAUGCCCCGGUGAGCUCCGCGCGUUCCCCGUCCUCGCCACGCCCGGCGCGCCCGGCCCGGGUCCGCCCGCGUCGACCUCCGCCCCGGCGAGAGCGAGUCCCGCCCGCGUCGACCUCCGCCACCGCUCGUGCGUGCCCGCCCGUGGCCGACGCAGCCGGUGCCGCCCUCACCCGUGCUCGUGGCCGCGCGUGGCCGACGCGGCCGGCGCCCCCGCCCAUGCCUCGCGCGUCCCCGUCGCGUGCCCGCACUUCGUCGCGACGAGCUCCGCCCACGGCGGCGUCCGUUCCCGCCGGCCUCCUCCCCGGCCGGGCGAGCUCCUCAAGCCGGAGCGCCGCACGGUGGCGUGGUGGCCCCGGCGGCGAGGCGUGGUGGCCCUUGAGGCGCGCGGUUGCGUGCAAGCCCGCGGCGGCGAGGCGAGGGGCGGCCGGCGCCCGCACGGCGUGGAGCGACGCGACCGGCGCCCGCGCAGCCCGACGUGGAGGAGCGACAGGGCCGGCGCCCGCGCGGCGUGGCGGGGCUCCGAGCGCCCUUGGCCGUGGCGCGACGCGGCCGGCGUGGCGGGGCUCGGGCGCCCUUGGUCGUGGCUCAUGCGGCCUUGGCCGUGGCUCAUGCGCCCGCGAGCGCCGCCCGCCCGUGGGCGACGCGGCGAGCCCCGCCCGUGCGCGCGCCCGUCGCGGCGAGCGCCGCCCCGCUCGUGCCCGGCCAUGGCCGUCCCCGCCCGUGCCCGCUGCGGCCGGCUCCGCCUGCCCCGGCGACCUCCGCCCCGCCCACGCCCGCGCCCGUCGCGUCGAGCGCCGACCCCGCCCAUGGCCGACGCGGCGAGCCCCGCCCACGACCACGCCCCGGCUCGCGCUGCCCCGUUCGACGUCGCCGGCGCGGCUCCAAGCUCGCCACGACCUUGCCCGCCCCUUGGCCGUGGCUCCGCCUUGGCCGUGCUCGCGCCGGCGUGGCGAGCGGCCGUCGCCCUGCGCGUCGCCGUCGACGAGGUUCGCCGCCGGAGCUUGUUUUGGCAGCGGCAACUUCGAACAUGGAUGGAAAAAAGUCAGAGUCGGCGACGGGGUGCGGCCGGCGUGGGCGACGGCGGCAUCAGCCCAAGCCAGCCAAAAUCCGGUGGUUGUGCCGGUCAUCUCCAUGUGAAAAAGAAGACAGAGGAGAGAGAAGCUGUGGGCCUGGGUGGAUAA